AUGGCAGCGGAGCCGCCGCCGUCCAGCCUCGCCUACCGCACCACGGGCUCCACCUGCCUGCACCCGCUCAGCGAGCUCCUGGGCAUCCCGCUGGACCAGGUGAAUUUCGUGGCUUGCCAGCUGUUUGCUUUGUUUGCUGCUUUCUGGUUUCGCAUCUACUUAAGUCCUGGUAAAUCCAGUUCUGAUGUCCGGCAUGCAUUUGCCACCAUUUUUGGCAUCUACUUUGUUAUCUUUUGUUUUGGCUGGUACUCUGUGCAUCUUUUUGUGCUGGUGUUAUUGUGCUAUGGAAUCAUGGUCACUGCAAGUGUAUCCAAUAUUCACAGAUACUCCUUUUUUGUAGCAAUGGGAUACCUUACAAUAUGCCACAUCAGCCGAAUAUACAUCUUUCACUAUGGAAUUCUCACUACAGAUUUUUCUGGGCCUCUAAUGAUUGUCACUCAGAAGAUUACAACCCUGGCAUUCCAAGUUCACGAUGGAUUAGGUCGAAGACCUGAAGACCUCUCUGCUGAGCAGCAUCGACUUGCUGUGAAAAUGAAACCCUCCUUUUUGGAAUACUUAAGCUACCUUCUCAAUUUCAUGAGUGUCAUAGCUGGCCCUUGUAACAAUUUCAAAGACUACAUAGCCUUCAUCGAGGGGAGACAUACACACAUGAAGUUGCUGGAAGUGAAUUGGAAGCAAAAAGGUUUCCACGGCUUGCCAGAACCUUCUCCCACUGGAGCUGUGAUACACAAGUUGUGCAUUACCUUGCUGUCUCUUCUUUUGUUUUUGACACUCACGAAGACCUUCCCUGUCACUUGCCUUGCUGAUGACUGGUUUGUCCAUAAAGCAAACUUUCUGACUCGACUGUGCUACUUGUAUGUUGUCAUGCAAGCCUCAAAGCCCAAGUAUUACUUUGCCUGGACAUUAGCUGAUGCAGUGCAUAAUGCAGCUGGCUUUGGGUUCAGUGGAGUGGAUAAGAAUGGAAAUUUCUGUUGGGAUCUACUUUCUAAUCUAAACAUCUGGAACAUUGAGACUGCCACAAGUUUCAAAAUGUACUUAGAAAACUGGAAUAUUCAGACAGCUACUUGGCUAAAGUGCGUGUGCUAUGAGCGGGUUCCACAGUACCCCACGGUGCUAACCUUCAUCCUGUCUGCUUUGUGGCACGGUGUCUACCCUGGGUACUAUUUUACCUUCUUAACUGGAGUCCUUGUCAGAUUCGCAGCUAGAGCGGUAAGCUUCCUUUGG